AUGGAAGAGGUUGCUCACCAACGGUCUGAAGAAGAAGCCUCAGACACGUCGGACGCCGGUGAGCUUGAACCACUCAAUCGACCGGAGGCUGAGCAGCCCAACGCUGGUGCAGACGCGCUCAAUGGUGUCUCCAAGCCGUCGGAGAAGGGUGCGCAACCGACCAAACAACGAACCAAAUCCGCUUGGCGGAGGUGGCUAACGCCAUCCCGUUUCUGCUGUUUUCUGAGCGCUCUCUUCCUCGUGACUGUUCUCCUGUUGCUCUCAGCCGGCGGCUUGUGGGCCUACAAAGCCGGCACACCCUUAUAUGGUGAAAGUGACUCAUGGUACCCGUCGCCCCAGGGUGGCACCGUCGAAGCGUGGCGGCAGAGCUACGAGCGCGCUGCGGCUCUCGUCAGCCAGAUGACCUUGGUAGAGAAAGUGAACAUCACCACCGGCACUGGAUGGAGCAUGGGGAUGUGCGUGGGCAACACUGGCCCUGUCGAUAGGCUAGAUUUUCCAAGCCUCUGUUUGCAGGAUGGACCGCUUGGACUCCGUUUCAUGGACAACGCUACAGCGUUUCCCGCAGGCAUAACCGUGGGUGCUACAUGGAACAAGGACUUGAUGUACGAGCGUGGACGAGCGCACGGCUUCGAAGCACGUCUGAAGGGAAUCAAUGUUAUCCUUGGCCCAGCCAUGGGUCCCUUUGGUCGUUUACCAGCAGGUGGCCGAAACUGGGAAGGCUUCGGCGCUGACCCUGUGCUACAGGGCAUUGCGGCAGCAAGGACCAUUCAGGGCAUCCAGGCUGAAGGCGUGAUAGCAACAGCCAAGCACUACGUCGCUAACGAGCAGGAGCACUUUCGGCAAUCUUGGGAAUGGGGCACUCCCAAUGCAAUAAGCUCCAACAUCGACGACAGGACGAUGCACGAAAUCUACGCCUGGCCGUUCGCAGAAAGUGUCAGAGCUGGUGUAGCGAGUGUGAUGUGUUCCUACAACCAGAUCAACAAUUCGUACGCGUGUCAGAACAGUAAGCUUCUCAACGGCGUACUAAAGGACGAACUUGGCUUCCAAGGCUUCGUACAGUCAGAUUGGCUUGCUCAGCGAUCUGGCGUUGCUGCUGCUCUUGCAGGCCUCGACAUGACUAUGCCUGGUGACGGCUUGUUCUGGCAAGAUGGCCAGAGUCUCUGGGGUUCUGAGCUAACAAAAGCUGUGCUGAACUCAUCUGUGCCUAUGGACCGCCUGAACGACAUGGUUAUGCGCAUCGUGGCCGCGUGGUACCAGCUAGGACAGGAUGACGUGGAGCAGUGGCCGAAACCAUCGGAAGGUGGUGGACCUAACUUUAGCUCGUGGACGAAGGAGAGAAUUGGCAAGUUGCAUCCUGGAAGUCCGGACAGCAAAGAAACAGGGGUCGUGAAUCAAUACGUUCCGGUGCGGCGUACGGCAGAGGGCGGAGACCACGACGACUUGGCGAGAAAGAUCGCGCGGGAAGGCAUUGUGCUCGUGAAGAACGAAGAUAAGGUCUUGCCGCUGUCUCGCAAUGCAUCUGGUCACCCUUCACUUACACGCGACGAGAAGUUGAGGGUCGGCAUCUUUGGCGAGGAUGCUUUCAACAACCCCCGAGGCAUAAAUGCAUGUCCCGAUCGCGGGUGCAACGAAGGCACGCUGUCGCAAGGAUGGGGUUCAGGUGCGGUCGAGCUACCCUACCUUAUUUCUCCUGCAGAAGCACUGCGUGGCCGUUUCGACUCGCAGUUCGUUGAUCUUACAUACUGGCCGACCAACGUCGUCCAACACGUCGAUGGUACAGCUUCCGCGCAAGAGCUGUGCCUUGUCUUCGUCAACUCUGAUGCCGGCGAAGGCUUCAUUAGCUGGAAAGAUGUCAAAGGCGAUCGUAAUGAUCUUUACCCGCAGAAGGGAGGCGAUGAGCUAGUGCAGGCUGUCGCUGCGGGUUGUGGUGGCAAAAACGAGUCUGGAUAUCCAGUGGGAGACACCAUUGUGGUGGUACACACUGUCGGACCCACGAUCUUGGAGCGAUGGAUCGACAUGCCUGGCGUGAAGGCUGUGCUUAUCGCUCAUCUACCGGGUCAAGAGAGUGGCAACGCGUUAGCAGACGUGCUCUUUGGCGAUCACAAUCCGUCCGGUCGACUGCCCUACACGAUAGCGAGAAAAGAAGAGCACUACGGACCGUCCAGUAAGAUCCUGAGGGUGGCAAACGGCCUGGCGCCGCAACAGAACUUCACGGAAGGCAUAUAUAUUGACUACCGCUACUUCGACAAACACAACAUCACGCCUCGAUACGAGUUCGGCUAUGGUCUUAGCUAUUCUUCUUUCAAGCUUGGCGGGUUGUUCGUGCAUCCUGUCGGUAGCUGGACUCAAGAGCCGAAGCGAAGGGAAGCGUCUCCUGUCAGUCCACCUCAGCUUGACAGGCAUAUACCGGACCCAGAACAAGCACUUUGGCCGGAAGGCAUGCAACGAUUGAGGAAGUACGUCUACCCGUACAUCUCGACCGCUGCGGAGGUCAAGCAGGGUCGCUACCCUUACCCAGAAGGCUACUCGCAUAUACAGGAGCCGUCGCCGGCCGGCGGAGGUGAAGGUGGCAAUCCUAGCCUUUACGAGACACUUGUGUCGAUACAGGCAAGGGUCAACAACAUGGGACCGGUGGCUGGCGACGCCGUCGUUCAAUUAUACGUUUUAUAUGACCCGGAUACGGUCGGCUAUGGAAACAAGGCUCUUGACUUGCCCGUGCGAGUUUUGCGAGAUUGGACAAAGAUCUACCUCGAGGCUGGCAAGACCGAGGGCGUCCGCUUUGGACUCACUAGGAAGGAUAUCUCGUAUUGGGACGUAGAGCGACAGAACUGGGUCGUUCCUCGUGGUCGCAUUACUGUUUGUUUAGGCUUCUCGAGCCGAGAUCUGCCUCCGACCGCAUGCAGUACCCUGCCGCACGUUGUGGCCGAGCCUAAUCCAUGA